UGCCAGGGAUGGUGCCCACCUUCACCCUCUGCCUGCUGGGCAGCUCCGCUCUGCUCCUCAGCACCAUGCCCGGGGCUCAAGCUGCCUGGUGCCCGUUCCCCCGCGUGCCCCACGGGCGGGUGUCCCCUCGUCACUAUUCCUACCAGACAUGGGACACUGUGAGUGUCACCUGCAACCCGGGCUACACCCUGCGGGGCCCGGGCAGGAGCACCUGCGGGGCUGCCUCCAGGUGGGACCCCCCUCUGCCAGAGUGCAAAAAGGAGGUGACAUGUCCUCGGCCACCGAGCAUCGCCAACGGGCUGCACACCGGGCUCUCCUCGGGCAGCUUUUCCCGGGGGGUGACCGUGUCCUACAGCUGCAGGGAGGGCUUUCAGCUGCUCGGCAAUGAAUCCAUCACCUGCACGGACUCCGGGCGCUGGAGCCGGACCCUGCCCCGCUGUGAAGCGAUCGGCUGUCAGGUGCCCGAGGUGCAGAACGGGAAGGUCCACAACGUGCAGAGCACCUACAGAGCUGGAGACACUCUGCACUUUGACUGUCACCCUGGCCAUGCAGCCGAGGGCUCCGAUGAGGCUCGGUGCCAGCCCGGGGGCAUCUGGGACCCGCCGCUGCUCGUGUGCCAUAGGGUCCGGCCGUGCCCGAUGCCUCCGGAGGUCGCCAAUGGAAAUCACAACGGCCGGGACACAGAGGGAUUCACCAUGGGAAUGUCUGUACAGUACACCUGCGAUCCUGGCUAUUACCUGGUUGGAAACGCCGCUGUGACCUGCCGAGCAUCGGGGAACUGGAGCCAGCCCCGCCCUCGCUGCGAAGAGGUGACAUGUCCUCGGCCACCGAGCAUCGCCAACGGGCUGCACACCGGGCUCUCCUCGGGCAGCUUUUCCCGGGGGGUGACCGUGUCCUACAGCUGCAGAGAGGGCUUUGAGCUGCUCGGCAAUGAAUCCAUCACCUGCACGGACUCCGGGCGCUGGAGCCGGACCCUGCCCCGCUGUGAAGCUAUCGGCUGUCAGGUGCCCGAGGUGCAGAACGGGAAGAUCCACAACGUGCAGAGCACCUACAGAGCUGGAGACACUCUGCACUUUGACUGUCACCCUGGCCAUGCAGCCGAGGGCUCCGAUGAGGCUCGGUGCCAGCCCGGGGGCAUCUGGGACCCGCCGCUGCUCGUGUGCCAUAGGGUCCGGCCGUGCCCGAUGCCUCCGGAGGUCGCCAAUGGAAAUCACAAUGGCCGGGAAGAAGCGUUUUUUACGGCUGGAAUGUCUGUACGGUACACCUGCAAUGCUGGCUAUUACCUGGUUGGAAACGCCGCUGUGACCUGCCGAGCAUCGGGGAACUGGAGCCAGCCCCGCCCUCGCUGCGAAGGGACUGUCUGCAUCAACCCCAUCGUAGCCAACGGAAGGCAAGUUGGUGGCCACGGGCUUCUCUCUGCACCCGGGCAAACGGUGACAUUUCAGUGCCACGAUGGUUACAGCCUGCAGGGCAGUGCCAGCCUGUCCUGCCAGGAGGAUGGCAGCUGGCAGCCCCCUGCUCCUGUGUGUGACAGAGCACUGCCCUACCACAACUCCUUCAGCAGGUCUCCAGGUGCUUGUGGUGCUCCCACAAGGUUACAGUUUGCUGAGCUAAACGAGGAGCAUAGACAUGCCAUUGAUUUUCCUGUUGGGAAGACUGUGCAAUACACUUGCCUCCCUGGAUAUGCUCAAGUGCCAGGAGUGUCACCUACCCUGACAUGCCUUGAGAGAGGAGUGUGGUCACAAGCCCUAGAGUUCUGUAAAAGGAAACAGUGCAGUCACCCAGGUGAGCCUGUGAAUGGCAAGAUUAUUUCCCUGACAAAUCUCCAGCUCGGGUCUACAGUGGUUUACAGCUGUGAGGAAGGGCACAGGUUAAUUGGACAGCCCAGCAGACGCUGUGAGGUCUCUGGGGGACGCGUUGCAUGGACUGGCCACACUCCCCUCUGUCAGCGCAUCCCUUGCGAGCCACCCCCGGAGAUCCCCAACGGGCAGCACUCGGGCCGGCUGCUGAGCGAGUUCCUCUACGGCACGGCCGUGACCUACAGCUGCCAGCGCGGCUUCCCCCUGCACGGGCAGCCCUCCAUCCACUGCACCACCCGCGACGGCCACAACGGCGUCUGGAGCGAGCCCCUGCCGGCCUGCGGAGAGGCGAGCUGUCCUGUCCCACAGAUCCAGCACGGGAGGAUCCUGGCUGCCAGGUCUGCCUACUCACACAGGGACACCGUGACCUUCCAGUGUGACCCAGGCUAUGCCAUUCGUGGCCACAGAGAGAUCCAGUGCCAGCCAAACAACACCUGGGAGCCGCCUGUGCCCGUCUGCGAGCAGGGCAAAGCCCCUGCCAGGCUGGGCUUUGCCGAGCUGAAGGAGCCCUACAGGAACCAGACGGUGUUUCCCGAGGGGAGCAGGGUGGAAUUCGUGUGCCAGCCUGGCUACAGCCAGAUCCUGGGGGUGUCAGCAGCCAGCACCUGCCUCAGGAACCAGACGUGGUCUGCAGUGCUGGAGUUCUGUAAAAGGAAGGAGUGCCCCAGCCCAGGGAACCCAGAGAAUGGCAGAGCUGUUGUCCUGACAGAUCUCCUCCUCGGGUCCAAAAUUAAUUACACUUGUGACAAAGGGUACAAGCUGGUGGGAAGCUCCCAGAGAAUUUGUGAGGUCUCUGGCACACAUGUCUCAUGGAGUGGGGAUCCUCCUGUCUGCCAGCGUGUCACCUGCGCUGCCCCUCCGGCCAUCCCCCAGGGGACACACAGCGGGGGCUCCAGGGACACCUUCUCCCUGGGGGACGUGGUCACCUACACCUGCGCCUUGGGGCUGGUCCCAGAUGGAGACCCCUCCCUGUCCUGCACCUCUGAGGAUGGGGAGCGUGGCACGUGGAGUGGGACGGUGCCACGGUGCCAAGAGGUGAGGUGCCCUGCCCCGCCGAGCAUUGCCAACGGGCAGCACAGUGCCAGCCCCGGGGCCAGGCACAGCCCGGGCUCCAAGGUGCUCUACACCUGCGCCCAGGGCUACGCCCUGCAGGGCAACGCCUCCAUCCGCUGCACCGCCAGGGGAACCUGGAGCCGGCCCCAGCCCCGCUGCCGAGCAAUUGGCUGCACCAGGCCGGAGAUCGAGAAUGGAAAAGUGUCUGGGUCAGAGACCACCUACAACCUGGAGGACACUGUCAUCUUUGAGUGCAACUUUGGUUAUGCCUUGAAGGGCUCUCAAGAGUCCCAGUGCCAGUUUGGGGGCAAGUGGCACCCUCCUGUCCCCACCUGUGAGAAGUUGCCACCGUGUCCUUCGCCUCCAAUUAUCAGAAAUGGCCAGCACGACAGCAAGGAGGUGACAGAGUUUGUCCCUGGCAUGGCAGUGAAGUACCACUGUGACCCAGGCUAUGUCCUCGCUGGGAAAAGCUCGGUUUCCUGUUUGCCAUCGGGAGUCUGGAGCAUCCCUUACCCCCGGUGUGAAGUGAUCACCUGCAGCAGCCCCAGCAUCAAGGACGGGGAGGUGGCUGAGGGCCGGAGGGCUGUGUACCACCCUGGGGACAACGUCACCUUCCAGUGCCACCCAGGCUUCGUGCUGAGGGGCAGCCGUGGGGCCAAGUGCCAGCCCGACAGCCGCUGGGUGCCCGCUGUGCCCACCUGCCAGCCAGCGCGGCCCUGCCCUCCGCCCCCCGUCAUCGCCCACGCCACGCUCAGCGCCGAGCCGGGGACCAACUUCACCAGUGGCACCUCCGUGAUCUACAGCUGCCAGCCUGGCUUCUCCCUGCUCGGGGACCCCUCCGUGCUCUGCACGGCCUGGGGCAACUGGAGCCUUCCCUACCCACGCUGUGCAGCUGGUUGUGGCACACCAACACCGUUGCUAUUUGCUGAGUUAAGUGAGGAAUAUGAAAAUCAGACUGAGUUUCCUGUUGGGAUGACUGUGAACUACACUUGUCGGCCUGGAUACGUGGAACAGCCACAGAUAUCACCAACUAUCACAUGUCUUGAAAAUCUAACGUGGUCUGAAGCCCAGGAGUUUUGCAAAAUGCUGCAGUGCCCUUCACCUCCCAGUAUUGCCAAAGGAACCCACGACAGUCAGGACCUGGAGGUUUUUCCCACUGGGAUGGUUGUGAACUACAGCUGUGAGCCUGGCUACAGCCUCCAGGGACAGGCAUCCAUCUACUGCACCGACUCUGGCAACUGGAGCCUCCCUCUCCCUCAGUGUGCAGGUGGCUGUGGUGCACCUCCAAACCUCACCUUUGCUGAGCUAACCAGGCAAUACAGAAAUCAGCUGGAAUUUGCUGUUGGGGACACUGUGAGCUACAGCUGCCGGCCGGGACACUCGAGACGCCCUGGAGUGCCCCAAACUCUGACUUGCCUCCCAAACCACACGUGGUCUGAAGCCCUAGAGUUCUGUAAAAGGAAGCAAUGUAGACACCCAGAACCCCCCAGGAAUGGCAGAGUUGUUGUUCUGACUGAUCUCCUUUUUGGGUCAGCCGUGAGCCACACGUGUGACCAAGGGUACAGACUGGUUGGACAGUCCCACAGGAGAUGUGAGAUUUUGGGACGAGAUGUUGCCUGGACUGGUCUGCCUCCCAUCUGUCAGAGGGUGGUGUGCCCAGCCCCACAGGUGCAGAAUGGGAGGGUGGCUGUCCCCAAGCCCCGCUACACCUACGGGGACUCUGUCACCUUCAAGUGCCGCAGAGGCUUCACCCUGCGAGGCCACCCCUCCUCCCAGUGCCAAGGUGACAGGAGGUGGCACCCAGCUGUGCCUGUCUGUGAGCAGGAUGGAGUGUCAGAACGUUAUCACCACCCUGACCCCACAACAAAGCCAGUGCUGCACUGCUCCAAGCCUGCAGAUAUCACCCACGGGUCUUUCCGUGGUCCAGCAAAAGCAGUUUUUACUGUGGGAACAUCUGUAAACUACAUCUGUGAGCCUGGCUUCUCCCUCCUGGGGACAGCAUCCAUUUAUUGCACAGCAUCUGGAGCCUGGAGCCAUCCCCCUCCCGUCUGUCAAGCUGUGACGUGUCUGCAGCCUCCAAACAUCACCCACGGGAGGCUGAAAGGCAACACCUCUGCCACCUUUCCCUCCGGAGCCGCUGUAUCCUACAGCUGCGAUCCCGGUUACUCACUGGUUGGGAAUGCUUUCAUCAACUGCACGGGGUCGGGAUCCUGGAGCCAGCCCCUCCCGCAGUGCAGAGAGAUCAGAUGUGAAUUCCCGGAUGUCCAAGGUGUUAAAAAAGCCAUUAAAGGAAGUACUUAUCGCUCUGGCACUAACAUCACUCUUGAAUGUGACGAUGGUUACGUGCUGGAAGGCAUCAGGCACACCCAGUGCCAAGAGGAUUUCAGCUGGGACCCUCCCGUGCCAGCCUGUAAACUGAUGUCCCCCAAGCCCCGGUCAGUAGGCCUAGGAGUGGCAGCUGCAGCAGUUCUGCUGCUCCUCGGAGCAGGUGUUGUCUGGAAAAUAAUUUCCAAGCAGAAGGAAGGCUAUUAUCGUACGUAUGAAAGCUAUAAUUACAGAACCCCCCUGAACCCAGACACUGAACACAAAGUCAUCACAACACAGCAGCUGUGCCGGGAAACCGCCCGAACAGCAGCCCUGGGUGUAACACCGGCACGGAGAGCUCGGUCCGGGGAACACCAGCGAUUCCCGGCCGAACAGCGGCCAGAGCCGUCCCCACGGUGCCGCCCCGGCGCUGAGGGCUCCUGGCGGGCGGGCGGGCGCGGCCAUGGCGGCGCCGCGCUGAGGGCGGGCCGGGCGGGGCGGGCCGCGCAUGCGCACCCGGGGCCGCGCUGCGUCUCCGGCGGCGCCGGGAGGGAGCGGAGCGGCCGCAGCCGCGGCCCCGCUGCGGGCAUGGCACGGCUCUCGGUGCUGCCGGUGCUGCUGCCGCCCGUGCUGGUGCUGUGGCAGCUCGGCGGAGCCCGGGCUGAAGGCACGUGUCCCAAGCCAGAGCGGCUGCAGAAUGCAGAGCUCAGCGAGAGCUCCAAGGAUAUCCAGGAUUUUCCACCUGGGACCAAAAUCUCCUUCAUCUGCCGGCCUGGAUACGUGAGGCUCCCAGGGAAGCCACUGACCUGGACGUGUGGUGCUGACUUGCAGUGGUCAUCCAAAGAGGUGUUCUGUACACCAAGAAAAUGUCGUUACCCAGGACCCUUGGAAAAUGGUUAUUUUGAUGCAACAGAUCUUUCAUUUGGUUCAAAAUUGACAUUUCGUUGUAAUGAAGGAUACAGAUUACUGGGUAAGGAAGAGAUUUCCUGUGAUAUCCAGAAUGAAGAUGUUGGCUGGAGUGGAGCUCUGCCUUACUGUGAAAUAAUUCCUUGUGAGCCACCUCCCAAAAUAGCCAACGGGGAGUACCAGGAGAGAGCCAGCUACGUGUACCAGAGCUCAGUGACCUACAGCUGCCUGGAUGUCCCCAAGGGCAGUGACCCCUUCUCCCUCGUUGGCCCAGCCACCAUUCACUGCACAUCUGAUGCACACUCAAACGGAGUUUGGAGUGGGCCACCUCCAGAAUGUCGAGUGGUGAAAUGUGAAGAUCCCAGAGUUGAAAAUGGGAGAAAAAAGUCUGGAUUUGGAUUUCCCUACAGAUACAAGGACUCAGUUGUGUUUGAGUGUAAUCAAGGCUAUUACAUGGUUGGAGCAGAGGUAAUUACCUGUGAUGAAAAUAAUACCUGGGAUCCUCCAAAACCAACCUGUGAGAAAAUUACUGCAGAUGUGUGUCCUGCCCCGAAGAUCCCCAACGGGGUCCUGGUUCCAGGCAAGCCUGCCUACAGCAAAGGAGAGUCUGUGCAGAUCAGGUGCAAUGCUGGCUGCUCCUUCCCUGAUGGCUCUGCAGAGGUGACAGUGACCUGUCAAGAACAGAGUUCCUGGGGUGCUUUACAGCCCUGUGCCUGUGAGUCUGAAGGUUCUGGUUCCACACCAGUCAUAAGCUAUGGGAGAGUGAUAGGUGGACAAAAACCUUCCUACUUUGUGGGGGAUUUCAUUACCAUUGAAUGUUACACGGGCUACACCUUGCAAGGGGAGGCUCGGAUUCAGUACAUUGGAAACAACCAGUGGGUGCCUGCAGUGCCAACCUGCCAGCUCAGUGGAUAUAUUAUAGCCAUCAUCUGUGUGAUUGUGGUAGUUGUGGCGUUCCUGGCAGCCUUCUGGAUCUACAAGAAAUUCUUCUCACAGAAUGGCUCGUACACAGUUGAUGAGAGGUGCAAGGAAAUUUGUAUUUUUAAAGCUAAUGUCCCAGAUGAGAUGGAAGAAACUGCACAAAUGAAUUAAUGAAAAGGAAACGUGACAGCCCUCCCAGUUCUGCCGAAUAUAAGAUGUGUAAAGCUUGACUGCCCUUGCUGGGGGAGGGAGGGACUUUGCAGUGGGAUGUCCCUGUCAGAGCUGGACAAGGAUUCAUUCCCUUGCACUCAGUGGCUGUCCAUGAGUUCCUUGUGCUGUGUCUUGCUCUGUGAUGAACUGGAGGAGGAGGUGCUUGACAGGAUAAAAAGUGUGUGUGCCUUUAGCUAGCACAGGUCCUGCUUUGCCUCCUGGGCCCCUCCCUGUCCCUCUGUGCACAUCAGCUGGGGGAAAGGCAAUACCUGUAGCGUGCCAGAGGCUGUGGGAGUGCUGCCAUGUCCCUGUCCCAGUGCCAGCUGCUGCCUGCUGCCUUCAGUGCCACCUCUUGGCUUACAGAAGAUGUCCAAUAUUCUCCUCUCUCCUCUAGAGCUCUGCUCACUCAAACCUGGCUGUCCUUCCCAUCCCUCUUUGCAGCAGAGGUGGUGUAAAUGGUUCUGUGGUUUCCUUUGUACUCUGAAAUGUGCUGUUGCUCGUUCCCUGAUGAGGCUGGUGCCAUUGAGGGCCGUGUCUUUUGGAAACUAUCGCAAUGAAGAUCUUAUAUACUCUACCUCUUUGUCUGCCAAAGUUGGUUGCUGUAUAUAUAAUGAAUUAAAGUGUGCCUUGAAAUCAGAGUUUUAUAGCUUUUCCUUUGCUUUUGAGAAGGAAAAAAGCUAUAGAUAUAUUUCUGAUUCUUUGCUUUAAUCUCCCAAAGACUGCAGUGGGUUUGUUGGACCUGAAAACUGAAGGAUUCUGUAGCAAAGGCAUCCCCUGCCUGUUGACAGGAGAUCCCAGAUCAAAGGAACUGCUGAGAGCUCAGUGGUGGCCAUGUCCUGUCAUGAGCACAGUGGAAGUUCCUUAGGGUGCUCCAUUUUAGUGAGCCUUGAUGUCAGGUCUGCAGAUCUUCUGUUGCUUUCAAAGGUAGAAACAGGUGCUGUGUGAUCCACUUUCCUUGCUUUUUUACUUGAAAUCAUGUAUUCCACAUCUCUGACCUCUGGCUGCAGACUGGGAUGUUAAAUCAAGCUCUGAAAAGCUGGAUUUAGCAUCAGAUUCCUGUUUAGAGGCAGGAGCUUUUCCCUCACUCACUUUCUAUGUUAAAGGGAAACCAAACCAGUUCAGUUGUGUGAGUGCUGGUAGAUGUGGUGGUCUCUUGUUUGCUGCUUGUUCAGCAAAUGUUUUAGUCCAGAUUCUGACUCCAGGAGCUCCCACCACUGUGUUUGCCAUCAGUUUGGAGUCACUGCUACUUCUAAUUCCUCAGCAAACCCCAUAUCUUAACUAGAACAGGUUUUACUCCAUGAAUCUCACUGUCAGCAUCCAGGCAGCUUCUGAUUUCCACAGAAAACCCAAAUAGCCUCACUUCAGAUGCCUGAGGCAGCAUUGAAAGUGCUCUGGCUUGUCUGUGGCUGCUUGGCACUGCUCUCCCUGUCAUCAGCAGACUGUUGGAGUGGCACAGAACUGUUUGGGGCUUUGUAGGGCUUUUUGGGACAAUCCCAGCAGUCGUAUUGUUGGAGCUCAUAAUAGGCUGUGGUUGUUAGAAAGGGGCUUUGGCUCUGCAGAAGGAUUUGCUGUUGGUGGCCUGGCUGAUAGCUCGGCUUGAGAGUUGUUUGUAAACACUGGCAUGUGUGACUGGGACUGAGUGUGGUGCUGGUCAGGAGCUCAGCUUGCUUUGUGUGGCAUCUGCAAUGUGCUGAAAAACACUGGAAUGUUCUUAAUUGGGAAGUGAAAUCACUGUAAAAAGUGGCUGUGUUUUUGCUCUCCUUUCUGGAUGUAAAGAUUAGCCAUGAUUUGUAAUAUUCCAAAUAAAAAUGUUAAAUUAUUUAGCA